AUGAUCGGCAACACACUCAUUAUGACGCUCAAAGUGCUGGCGUGGCUCAAUACGGGCUCGAAUGCCAUGCUCUCGGAAGCAAUUCACUCGCUCGUGGACACGGACACUAGCAACCAGGCGAUUCUGAUCUUGGGCUUGAAGCAAGCAUCGGGUGUGCCGCAUAAAAAGCACCAAUAUGGAUACACACGUGCUGCGUACUUUGGAUUGUUCAUCUCUGCGCUUGGCUUAUGCUGGUUAGGUUCUGGGGUGACGGUUGUCCACGGGAUCCAGUCGCUCUUGGAUCCUCCGAAAGAGCUUUUUCUUUCGUGGGAAGUGUGGGGUGUGCUAGCAGCUUCUUUUGGCAUUGACGGAUGGGUGCUGAAGCGGUCAGUACAGGAACUGAGGGCUUCUCAGCCCCAAGACAUGUCGUUUUACAAGCAUGUGACGCGGACAAAGGAUCCGUUUCUGAUGGCUGUGCUGCUGGAAGACAUGUCAGCAUGUGUGGGUAUCGUUAUUGCUGGAUGUGGCAUUGGGGCCAGCCACAUUACAGGCAACCCGGUGUGGGACAGUCUCGCUAGCGUAUCGAUUGGCGUGCUUCUUGGCGGUGCUGCAAUAUCGCUCAUUCGAAUGAAUCAGAAGUAUUUAUCGGGCCAGUCAGUGGAACCGGAAAUCGAGAAUGGCAUCCGCGAGUUACUGCUGGCGCGUCCGUCAAUCGACAACGUCUAUGCUGUCCAGUCACAGUGGGUCGGGCCAUCUACAUUUAGUUACAAGGCUGAAGUUGACUUCGAUGGGACGUUCUUGGCGGCGAAACUGCUGCGAAUGUGCAAGCCGGUGUUUUUAGAGACAAGAGAUCCGCUCAUGCUUGCUUGGUACGCGGAGGAUGUGACUCGUCUUGUCGAGAAAGAGAUGCAAGAAGUAGAAGAGGUUAUUUGCGGCAUUUACCCCGAGGCCGCCUUCAUCGAGUGGGAGCCUGAUGGCAAAGAGUCGGAGAUGCGUGCCGUGUUGAGUGUGCAGACAAAGUCUUUCCGUACGAGCGAGCGUGAAGCCAUGACGCGAGCGCUGGCACUGCUUGCACGGACAUUAGAGCGGAAGACAACAGGCGCUGAUCGUUUAGCUACUACCGGCACGAGUGAAUACAUGUUCAGUGGUGGUACGUGUGACAUGUGGAUUUGCUUGUGUUCAAUCGGCGUUGGAACCUACGGAUAA